AUGCGUUUGAUUUGUCAGUCCGAUUCCGAAUUUCGGAGGCGGCCCAUGCCUCCAAGAAACUGCGCCGGACUUGCGGUGAGCUUGUUCGGCGCCCUCGUGCUCCUCGCGGUUCUGCCCAGCCGCACCGGAGCCCUCGUGCACGCGAGCCAGGAUGACGCGCAGCUGAAGAGCCGGCAGGGAAUCGACUGGGGAAGGCAGAACAAGCUGCCGCCGUGGAUGACCUCCAUCACUGAGGGUGCAGAUCAGGCAAUCGCCGUGGUGCUCGGCCAGUCCCUGAAGCCCGAUGGAUCAGCGCCCCAAGUUCUGCUGGACCGGGCUGCGAUGGCCAGGAAGCUGCUGAAACAGGGGACGGUCAAGAAAGUGAUCGUGUCGGGUGGCGACCCAGCCGGGGUGGGUUUCACGGAGGCCUCCACCACUGCGCGAGUGCUGGUGAAGGCUGGGAUUCCUUUGGAAGUGAUUAUCCAAGAGUCGCAGGCCACGACCACUGCGGAGAAUGCCUGGUUUGUUCUUCGAUGGAUCCCGAAAGGGACUGGCCGGGUCUACAUCGUCACCUCGGAUUUCCAUAUGCCGCGUGCCACCUACAUCUUCCAAGAGGUCUUCAACCACUUCUAUGCGAUGAUGGAGGAGACGUACAGGGAUGAUCCGCAGUGGACGAGCCCGUCCAAGAGAUAUCCCCGUCUGGAGCUCGUGCAGGCUCCCACCGCAAGCUUCUGCGGCGCCAAUGCGAGCCUGAAUCGUGACCACACGACUGGGGCAGACAUCAACGAGUUCUCCCUGGCGAAGCGCGCGCGGGACGAGCUGAAAUUUCUGGGCUCAGGGGAGGUGAGCCGGUCGAUGUAUGGCCAGCCGCUGAGCAACAUCCUGUACAUCUGGCCGAUUCAGAUCAACGUGACCAAGGACCCCGAGAACGGUCCCAACUUCAAAGCCGCCAUGGCCACCGCGAUGAACACCGCCGAAGGCCUCUGCGAGUGCGUCUCCCCGCCACAAGAAGGUGGAGUGGAGCUUCCGUAUCCUCUGCAGCUGCCUGUGCCGCAGCAGCGCCAGGGGUCGUCCGACUGGCGUGACAUUUGCCCCGACAUGAUGGUCUAG